UUCCACAAUGGGAAAAACCAAAAGUUCAAAUUCUACUUCAUCUAUUAGCAGCAACACAAACCACAAUCUUUUUAUUUCAACUGCAUCCUCUCUCAACUCACAACAACUUCCCACAGAUCUUAGUCUUGGACUCACCAUUUCCUCCACUCAACAUUUUCGUGUUGGCUCCUCUGUUUCAAGGGGGCAAUGGCAUCAAAACUAUGAUUACAAUGAUCAUAGUAGUUUCUUUGUGAAAGUGUAUAUGGAAGGCAUUCCAAUUGGUAGAAAACUCAAUAUACUUGCUCAUCAAAGUUACCAUGAGUUAGUAAAAACUCUUGAACACAUGUUUGACACUACCAUUCUAUGGGGAAAUGAGAUGGAUGAAGUGCAACCAGAGAGAUGUCAUGUGUUAACUUAUGAAGAUGAAGAAGGAGAUUUGGUCAUGGUUGGUGAUGUUCCUUGGGAGAUGUUUUUAUCUACCGUUAAGAGGUUGAAGAUCACAAGAGUAGACACCUUUCGGUGUUAGGAAUGUAUUAUAUGACACCAAAUGUGUUUGAUUUCAAAUUUUGUUCUCUAGCUAGAGUGGGAAUCAAAUAUAUGUUAGAUGAUCAUAUAUGUUAUGUAGGAAGUCUUAC